GCGCGUGCGGCGGGCAGAGCAGCAGCGGCGGUGAUUGGCAUGUUUAUCCACACGACUACUAUAGCUGUACAGUAAACACGACUGGAGAUAUUUCUCUUCCAGAUCAGGAAAGUUGAACCAUGAAAUCAAAAGCAAUGCUUGCCACAGGCCUGUCACCCAUCUUUUCUUUCUGGAGUAUUUAAUAUAUGUAUUAUAAUUUUGCUAAUACGAGCAAACUUAAGAGAUACUUAUGAGACAAGCGGCCGAAUUAAACACUUGUACCUUUUGCAUCAUGUUGGAGUAAAUAAUUUACUUCAAUACUCCAGAGUGACAGCACUGUUGCUUGUUAAUUAGAGUAGCUUUUCAUUAUUUUAUAGUAAUUUCUUUAAGAGGGCGAUUGUUUCUUUAGGAGUACACCUGCUUCGAUUUUCUUUGACUGAUAUCAGCUACCUCAAAAGAAAGAACGCUGGCCAUUUAAAUCCGUUGGAAGCAUCGCCCUUUAAUAACAGCCAUUCUAAAGGAUCAGCCUCCUGGACGAUCGAGGACCUCAUUAUUACCAGCCAAAUAUCUAACCGUCAGCUAUCUCAUUAUCUGGGAACAAUCCAAAGACAAUGGUGCACUGUGCGGGGUGCGAAAGGCCUAUUCUUGAUAGGUUCCUAUUAAACGUCCUGGACCGAGCUUGGCACGUGAAAUGUGUUCAGUGCUGCGAAUGCAAAUGCAAUUUAACAGAAAAAUGUUUUUCGCGAGAGGGAAAACUCUACUGCAAGAACGACUUUUUUCGUCGUUUUGGUACGAAGUGUGCCGGCUGCUAUCAGGGUAUCUCCCCGAGCGAUCUGGUGAGGAGAGCGAGAAGCAAAGUCUUUCAUCUGAACUGUUUUACUUGUAUGAUAUGCAACAAACAACUUUCCACCGGAGAAGAGCUUUACAUCAUCGACGAAAACAAAUUUGUUUGCAAAGACGAUUUUUUAAACAGCAAUAAUUCGAAAGAAAACGGCCCGCUGUCACUAACGGCAUGUAGUGAUCAGAGUUUAUCUCCGGAUUGUCAAGACCAUUUACAAGAUGACACAAAGGACUCAGAAAUCGCCAAUAUUUCAGAUAAAGAGACUACCAAUAACGAGAACGAGGAACAGAACCUGGGAGCCAAGCGCCGGGGACCCCGCACAACCAUCAAAGCGAAACAGCUGGAAACUCUCAAAGCGGCAUUCGCGGCCACCCCCAAACCCACAAGACACAUCCGAGAGCAGCUAGCUCAGGAAACCGGGCUAAACAUGAGGGUCAUACAGGUCUGGUUCCAAAACAGGAGGUCCAAGGAGAGGCGGAUGAAGCAGCUGAGUGCUUUAGGGGCUCGUAGACACGCGUUUUUCCGCAGCCCCAGACGGAUGAGACCCCUGGGAGAUCGCCUCGACGGGGCUGACAUGAUGGGAAACGGCCCUUUCAAUUACUACGGGGAUUAUCAGACUGAAUAUUACGGCCCUGGAAGCAAUUACGAUUUCUUUCCUCAAGGUCCCCCCUCGUCUCAAGCUCAAACUCCGGUGGAUCUGGGUUUUGUGCCCUCCUCCGGGCCUGGGGCGACCCCACUCGGCGGACUCGAGCAUCCACUGCCCGGCCACCACCCGACCAAUCUUCCGGGGCCAGGCGACGGCCAGAGGUUUACUGACAUGAUCUCUCACUCUCACGGGGACUCUCCCAGCCCAGAGCCGGGGUUAACGGGACCGUCAAUGCACACGAUGGCGGCGGAUGUGUUCGGCCCAGGUCCCAGCCCGUCCUUCUCUCUCACGAAUGGGGGAUACGCCAACCAUUUGUCACAUCCGCCUCCGGAAAUGAAUGAAGCAGCCGUUUGGUAACGACUUCCGACUUGGCGGAAAUUACUGAAAUUGACAAUGUGUCUCGCUCUGUGCUCCAUCCCACCCCAAAGACAGUUCGUUGGCUGCCCGGUCAGCAAGAACGAGGCCAAGAUCAUCAACGAAACUCGUCACAAAACAAACUAAAAUAACACUUUUUAAAAAGUGAAAGCAUCAAACGAAAAGGAAGUUGCAACGAGUUUAGUGGAGCAACAAGUUUUGAAAGGGACGGCAUUCUGAGCGGAGUUUUAGAAUCCAAAAAAGUACACAUUUCAGAAAAGACAAAAGCGUUCGGGAGCCCCCAAGACUUCAACGCAAACUACUCUAC